UUUAAAAAGCAUUUAAUCGAAGCUGGCUUACAGUGUCAGAGGUUUAGUCCAUUAUCAUCAUGGUGAGAAGCAUGGUGUCACACAGGUAGACAUGGUGCUGGAGAAGUAGCUGGCUGUUCCACAUAUGGAUCUGUAGGCAGCAGGAAGAGCAGAGAGACUGGACCCAGCUUGGGCUUUUGAAACCUCAAAGCCCCACCCCCAGUGAUACACUUCCUCCAACGAGGCCACACCUCCUCUGUCCUUUUCAAGCAGUGCCACUCCCUGAUGACUAAGCAUUCACAUAUAUGACCCAAUUGAGGCCAUUCUUAUUCAGAUCACCACAUCCCUGUCAGAGCCUGUCUCUGGUGAUCUUCCAGCUAGGUCCCGCCUCCUCAAGGGUCUGUCAUCUCCAAUGAUACCACAGGCUGGUGACCAGAUCUUUAAUAUCCGGCCCUUCCAGACCCAACCCAUAGAGAGUACACUUCACGAAUGUGAUCCCUUUUUGUUUUCUUGGUGCUGAGGCUCUACCUCAGAGCCUCAUACAUACCAAGCAAGCCCUUGACCACCGAGGUACAUCCCCUCCUGUUAAUGUGCUAGGUUGACCAAUACAGUAUUCCUGGUGGCUCUAGCUGCUCAGUUGGCUUAAGUGGCCACAGUUGAGUCUUGUUCUGUGUAUCCUAAGAGUCCUGUUGAUACAUUCCCUUCUUUAGGUUGCAGGGCAUGCAAGAUUGACCAGACAGACCUCAAAGAGCUGAGACAGUGAACGGAGAGACUGUUUGAGGGUCACUAGUCUCUCUCUCGGUCCCUGACUACAGACUUGCCCCUUUCCCAGUGUGACCUCACAAAGUUCCACAGCACCCUGGAACCCAGGGCUGUUGUGUCCUCGAGAAAUCCAGGAGAACGGCUCCUCCCUGAUGGCCUGCUGGUUGUGGCAAAAAUGAGUGACGUUGUGUUCUUCUCCUUCGUUGUCUUCCUGGGCAGCCGUUGGGGUGCAGAGCCCCUGUCUAUCCCUGUGACUGAAGGUGUGGAGAACGAGUUUUCCUCAAGUUCAAAGCAUCUUGAAGAAGAUAUGGCUAAACUAUUUGAUGAGAUCGUGCUGCAGGUGUUUCCCAGCACUUUAGAUGGUACAAGCACGGCUGGCAGACUGAUCACGGGGAGAGACGUGAAUGAAACCUAUCUCCACCAUAAUGGGGUCAGCGAUUCUGUGUUGGCAUCAAGUUCAUAUCAGCAAGAUGACUACUUGGAUAAGAUAUUUGAUGAGAUCCUGUGGCAGGUGUUUUCUAACAAUUCAAAAUAUUCAUCAGAAGACGAUGCAAGAACAACUGAUCAGCCAGUCACACGGAAAGUCUCGAACAAAACUCAUGCUGCUGAGAAGAAUAAAGAUAAAGAACCAUCUCUAUUCAACAGGGAUUUAAGCCAUCAAUUAACUGCUGGCGGCAAAGAAGCACUCCAGGAAAACGCUCAAGUUGCUUACAGGGAGAGUCCGCCUUGUUCCCAGCUGCUGAGCUUCCUGCAGAAGAACAUCAUUUCUGCUACCACUGCCAUGGCUUCGAUCCUCCUGGUGGCAGUGCUGGUGGUGCUCAUGCUGGUCAUGUGUGUAAGGCGGAGACAGCCAAAGUUUUCUCCGGCGAAGAUGACGUACAAUAUUUUCAUAAUGAACGGGAAGGCUUGGUGGCAAAAUUCCCAAGAUAAGCACCUGAAAAAAUUUACGGGAAAGCAGAAGUACCCGAAGUUCAAUUCUUUUGUCUAAGCCCGUGGAGGGGCCAACAAACUGCCACCCAGCCACUGCCGGAGGGUUCUUUCGCGCUACCUGGACAGAAAUCAAAGGAUUUGAAGUUAAGUCCCUACCUUGAAGCCCAGGAAGAAAAAAAAGCCAAAAGAGGAGCCAUCAAGUGGUAGACAACAACCCUAGAGCCAUCGUUUGAGCCCGGAGCUGGUUGUCUUGAAGCCCAUCUCUGGGAUCUUCAUUUCCUCAUACAGUAAUUACCAAACACUG